CUGCACAGGAAGCAGGGAAGGAGUGCGGCCCCCACCCCGUUUAGGAAUGUCCUGUUCCCAGCUGGGCCUGCUGCUCUGGCUGGGGCCUGUCAGAACCAGAACCUUGAGGCACCUCAGUUGCAGUCCUGUCCUUCUGAGGGUGUGAACGUGGCCUGCAGGACAGAGGAGGCUGAGUCUGCAGCGGGUCCCUAUUGUGCUUCCUUCCCCUCAGGUUAGUGCAUCAGUUUCUUCCUGACCAAAGACCAGAGUCACCUCCAGAUGAAUGAAAUUUCCUGGAAAGAUGUUGCCAAUGUCUUCUCGCUGGCCAACAUGAUCAUGGGGCUCUUCUCCAUCUUCUGCAGCCUCAGCAAGAAAUCCAACUGUGCUUCCUGGAUGCUUCUGAUCAGUUUCCUAAUGGACAUGGCAGUCAGGACAAUCACCAGACAUCUCAAUAUCUGCUCCAAAUCAGGAGCUGAGCUGAAUGACUUUGCUGUCUUCACCACCUUUGGCCUGGCCUCAGCCCUGCUCCUAGGCGUGGAUGGGCCUCUGAAUGGGUUCCUGGCCAUCAUCUAUGUGUUAGCUGCUUCUUUCCGCCUGUGUUUUUAUUCAACUAGAGGCAUUUCCUUCACAUACAAGGGUCUACCCUGCCCCUAUGCUUCCUGUGUUCUGGCCUCCACCUCCCUUCUGACCAAAGGCAACACGUUCAUUCUCUCCUGCAUGGCCUCACUUAUGAUUCUAUUCAUGAUGGACCAGAGCUACUACCCACAUGAUGAAAUCCUGGAAUCUGAGAAUUGGAAAAAAAUAGUUUAUCUUGGAGGUGUCAUCAUGCUGCUUUUUUCUCCAUUCUCAAUAAUUGCUUUUUACUGCCUAAUGUGGUCGCUCUCCUACAUCUUCUUUCCAGAUGUUCUGUGGGGCAAGACAGAGUGUCUUAGGCAAGAGCAUCUAAGAAACUAAACAGCUCUUCCCACUC